GUUCAGAAUGCUUGUGUUGUACUGUUGCCACAACUGGUUGCUUUGAGUUAUAUCUCGAUUACAUCGACAAUGCUUUUGUAAAGAGAUCCACUGGCUUCCAAGUUCACUUUACCGGCUGUGUGUGUGUUAAAUGGGAGUGUUUAGUUCUUCUGGAUUUAAUGCGCAUUUUUAUGGAUUGUUUAUCUAUUUAUACUCUGUUCUUCAAGAGUCCCCUUUCUGGUCUAAUUCUCUUUCGGCGCUUCAAAACAGCGGAAUGCUACACAACUGCUUCAUUUUUACCUGGUUUGCUGUAUUGCAAUUUGUUGUUCAUAAUGCUGGGAUUAAGUUCUGGCUGGUGGCAUACCUUCAAAUCUUAUAAUUACCGUUGUCAAUCUCUUACGAAUUAGGUUCAGCUGAUUUGAAGUGAUUUGUGGUUCCUUUGAACUACCGUGGAAUGGAAUCCAUAGAAGCUGAGAAGCCUCUUAGCAGACAAAAUACGUGCGGAUCUUUGCUGCAGCAACUGCAGCAAAUUUGGGAUGAAGUUGGUGAAAGUGAUGAAGAACGAGACAAAAUUCUUCUUCAAUUGGAUCAGGAGUGCUUGGAUGUAUACAAGAGAAAAGUUGACCUGGCCGUGAAAUCUAGAGCACACCUUCUUCAGACAUUGGCAGAUGCUAGAGUUGAACUCACCAAUCUCUUAUCAGCGUUUGGUGAAAAGACUUAUGUCGGAAUUCCUGAGAGGACAUCGGGAACGAUCAAGGAACAGCUUGAAGCUAUAGCUCCUGCUCUGGAAAAACUCUGGGAACAGAAGGAUGAGAAGAUAAAAGAGUUUUCUGAUGUUCAAUCACAAAUACAGAAGAUAUCUGCAGAGAUUUCUGGAACUAGUGACCAGGUGGAUAAUCUUACAGUUGACGAAUCCGAUCUAUCCCUAAAAAAAUUAGAUGAGUUUCAUGCUCAGCUUCAAGAUCUUCAAAAGGAAAAGAGUGACAGGCUGCACAAAGUUCUUGAAUUUGUCAGCACAGUUCACGAUCUUUGCGCUGUCCUUGGCAUGGACUUCUUUACUACUGUCACAGAAGUGCAUCCAAGCCUGAAUGACGCCACUGGUGUUCAGUCAAAAAGCAUCAGCAAUGAUACCCUGGCUGGGCUGGCGAAGACCGUUUUAGCACUAAAGGAAGACAAGAAACAGAGAUUACAAAAGCUUCAAGAAUUAGCAACUCAGCUAAUUGACCUUUGGAAUUUGAUGGACACCCCCCAUGAAGAACGCAGCCUAUUUGACCAUGUAACUUGUAAUAUUUCAGCUUCGGUGGAUGAAGUUACUAUUCCUGGGGCUCUUGCUUUGGACCUAAUUGAACAGGCUGAAGUGGAGGUUGAGAGGCUUGAUCAACUAAAAGCAAGCAGAAUGAAAGAAAUUGCUUUUAAGAGGCAAUCUGAGCUUGAGGAGAUAUUUGCUCAUGCACAUGUAGAGAUUGAUAGCGAGGCAGCUCGAGAGAAGAUUUUGUCACUCAUUGAUUCAGGGAAUGUUGAGCCUACAGAGUUAUUGGCUGACAUGGAUAGUCAGAUACUAAAAGCAAAAGAAGAGGCUUUUAGCAGGAAGGAGAUAUUGGAUAAGGUUGAAAAAUGGAUGUCAGCUUGUGAAGAAGAAAGUUGGCUUGAAGAUUACAAUAGGGAUGAAAACAGGUACAAUGCUAGCAGAGGUGCUCAUUUGAAUCUGAAGAGAGCUGAAAAGGCACGAAUCCUGGUUAAUAAGAUUCCAGCCCUAGUAGACAGCUUAGUUGCUAAAACUCGUGCUUGGGAACAAGAUCGUGGCAUUACGUUUACUUAUGAUGGUGUUCCUCUACUCGCCAUGCUAGAUGAGUAUGCAAUGCUCAGACAAGAUAGGGAAGAGGAGAAGAAGAGAAUGCGGGAUCAGAAGAAGUUCCAUGAACAGUUCAGUAAAGACCAGGAAGCAUUUGGUGCAACGCCAAGCCCAGCUCGACCGCUCAGCACGAAGAAGGUGGUUGGCCCCCGUGCCAACGGAGGUGCCAAUGGAAGCUCCGGUAGGCGUCUUUCACUUAACUCUCAUCAGAACGGUUCGAGGUCUAUAAACAGAGAUGGGAAGAGAGACACGAGGCCUGUCGCCCCAGUGAACUACGUGGCCAUGUCGAAAGAGGAUGCAGCAUCCCACAUCUCUGGGACGGAUACCCUUCCCGCCACACCUUAGGUGUUAAAAGUAAAAUUGGUUAUUUAAUUUAUAUGUAUAAUAUGCUGUUUAGAUACUGGAGGAGCAGUGAUGAUACUUGUUAGUGAUCUGAGGGUAGAGACUACAUGAGGUGUUUGUUUUAUAUGGAGGCUAACGAGAAGUUCUUUUAACUCUAACUGCUACUUGAUAAUUUUCAGUGCUUCUUAGGCACUAGUUAAUAUGUAUGAAAUAAUAAAAAACGUGACAGAGUUUGUUUUGGUUGGUGCUA